UCUUCAUACUGUACUAUCUGUUUUAUACUGGAAGAAUAGGCAGAGCAGUAAGUCUGCUAGCUCCUACAGACAAUUGACCGUGAUUAAAGACCUAAUCAGUGCUUGUCCAAUUUAGCAGGAAUGGCGGCGUUGGCAAGUCUGGUGCAGCGGCUGGAGGUGGCUGUGGGUCGUUUGGAGGCGGCGUCGGGCGGUGGAGGUGGCGGUGGCUCUGCUGGAGGCUCUGGAGUCGUGGCAGCUUACGUGGAGGCCUAUGAUGCCAUCAUCACGGGCUCUGUUGGCCAGUACAUGACCCUCAGCCAGCAGAUAGGGGGCGACGUCCAGAAGCAUGCGGACAUGAUGAAGCAGGCGUUCUCAUGUCAGAGACAGCUCCUUGUCACCGCCUCCUGCUCCCAGAAGCCCUCUGAUGCAUCCUUGACUGCUCUCCUGGCCCCCGUCUCCAAAGUGAUCCAGCAGGUGCAGACGUUCCGCGAGCAGAACCGCUCCUCGACCCUCUUCAACCACCUCUCGGCCGUCAGCGAAAGUGUGCCUGCCUUCGGCUGGGUCGCCAUGGCUCCUAAGCCAGGUCCCUAUGUGAAGGAGAUGCAGGAUGCUGCCCAGUUCUACACCAACCGUGUGCUCAAGGACUACAAGGAGAAGGACCAGAAGCAUGUGGACUGGGUUAAGGCCUACCUGUCUAUCUGGACUGAGCUGCAGAACUACAUCAAACAGCACCACACCACCGGACUGGCCUGGAGCAAGAGCGGUCCAGUAGCCUCGGCCUCUGCAGCUCACCCUGCCUGUGGCGCUCCUCCUCCCCCCGGCCCUCCUCCCCCUCCCAUGGACUUCAGCGGGUCGUCUGGCGGUGGCGGAGACCAGGGGCCCGACACCCGUAACGCCCUCUUCGCCUCCCUCAACAAGGGAGCUGACAUCACCAAGGGCCUGAAGCAUGUGCCCAAAGACCAAAUGACUCACAAGAACCCCAACCUGAGGACCCAGACCGGUCCGGUGCACACAGGGCCCAAGCCCUUCAGCUCCCCCAAGACAGAGGCCACCGCCGCCCCCUCUCGCAAGCUGCCCCCCGUUCUGGAGCUUGAUGGCAAAAAGUGGAAAGUGGAGAACCAAGAGGGUGUACAGGGCAUGGUGAUCAGCGACACAGAGCUCAAGCAGGUGGUCUACGCCUUCAAGUGUAACAACAGCACCCUGCAGAUCAAGGGCAAGAUAAACUCCAUCACUUUAGACAACUGUAAGAAACUGGGUCUGGUCUUUGACGACGUCGUGGGCAUUGUAGAGGUUAUCAACUGCAGGGACGUCAAGGUUCAGGUCUUGGGCAAAGUUCCCACCAUCUCCAUCAACAAGACUGACGGCUGCCACGUGUACCUGAGCAAAGAUUCGCUGGAGUGUGAGAUCGUCAGCGCCAAGAGCUCAGAGAUGAACGUGCUGGUACCUGGUAAAGACGGAGACUAUACUGAGAUCCCUGUUCCUGAGCAGUUCAAGACUGUCUGGGAUGGCAAGAAGCUUGUCACCACUUGUACAGAGAUCGCUGGAUAGAGGCGCAGCACUCGAAACAGCCUCCCCUUUGCAAAUGCCUACCUGACUGAUCGACCGACCAGCUAACCAAACCACAAAGUAGACUGAGAUGCCAACCGCACCCAUAUUUUUCCAAUCUGCCAAUCAAAGCUUUAGCGGUUUUUUCCUUCAGCCAAUGAGAGGACUGCUUGCUUUAUCUGGAGCAUUCCUUCAGCCAAUUGCAGGGAGCGGCUUGUUAUUCGAUUCGGUUAUCCUCAUGACCAGUGAGCGUAUUCAAAUGGGUUUGCCAACAACCAGGUUGAUUUUUGAUUUCCUGCUAAUGAUAAAUGUAAUAGCAAACGCGAAGGAGCAAAGCUUUUAUCACACCUGUGGUUAAACACUAAACAUCAGCCAAUGUUUCCUUAAACCAAUCGUUAAUUGGAUUUCCCCUCUGGUCAGGGGGAGGCAUGUGUUUAGGGGUCCAAGGUUUCAGUUCCAUUUAUGCAAUUUAGCCGUGAAGCACAUGUACAACCAACCCCUCUUUACAGUCGACAAUGCUAACAUUCAUAGAUAUUGACUAAAUAUAACAUUUGUGUCAUCACUCUUAAAUAGGUCAAAUGAUCAAUUACGUGCAGGGUCACUCUUUUUUUUAUCAUAACACUGAAGCAAAAUGGUGUUGAAAAAAUAUUGAAAGAUGAAAUGUAAAAAAUAAAAUAAAAAUGUUCAUUCCUUGCUCAA